UUCCUCAUGAGAUAGUUCCUGCGUUGCGACGGUCGGUCAUGGGACAAUCAUUCUUAGUUGUAAGGAUGUCAUGAGAUGCCAAGCUCAUUAAUUGACUCUCAUGUAGUGUAUCCUUUGGCCUUAGUUUACUAACAGACACUGUCACUGAGGUUGUGAGACUCUGCUGGUGUGUUUGGGUUGUGCUGGCUACACUGUAAGCUAGCUUUACCACACGGUGAUUGCCUCUUUCCUUGCUAUCGAGUCGGUGUGUGCUGGGAUUAUAGUGUUGUCUUUCUGCGUCUGUGUUUUGUUACAGGCUGUCAUCAACAGGUAACGGUCAAAAUUGAGGUAAAUUAUGUAAUCUAUGAGUGGACUAGUCGUGUGCCUACCACCAAACUCCAGAUAUUGUCAGUCACUAUGGACCAAUGCAGUAGAGGGUAGCAGUUGUCUCCUUAAAUACCUCCGCCACUGGUCUCGCCAUGAAGCCGGCCUACCUAUUUCGUGACCAAGUAAACGCCCUGUCGGUGUGGUUUAAGGAAUGGAAUGAGUGUGAACAGACUGUGGCAUUGUAUUCGUUAAUACGAAGGGUGUCCUCAACCCAGGCACGCUUCCUGACUCUGGUCCUUGAGCAGACUCUUGGCGAUACGGACGACUGUCAGCGGUUAGAACAAGAAGCCAACGAUCUUGGUUUUGUGUGCAGCCUUUGUCAUGAGAGUAAAGACACUGCCGUCGCUAAACUCUUAUCCCAUCUACCCCUCCUACGCCCCGGCAACAGCGAAGUCAAGCAAGAGUAUCUCAACCUCAUCCCCAAGAUCCUGCUGCACUCUGUGGAGAACUCACAACACCUUGAAGAAAGCCGGCAAGUCUUAUCCUAUCUCCUGAUCCAUCCAGCGUUGUCGAACGAGGACAGGAGCUCCCUGGCAUGGUGGCUAGGCCGUCUGGACGAGCACACGAACACUCAAGUCGGGUUUCCGUCUCGGCUGCAUGUAUCCCCCGAUCUGUCCCCGUCACAGUCACCUUCCCCUUCCCCGUCCCCCUUCCCAGGGGGACUGAACUCGGAGUCUGGCCGGAACGGCCUACAGGGUUGUUUGAAUGGCUGGAGGAAUCAGCCUCCUUACAGAGACACUGGAGUUACUGAUUUACCCACGUCACAUUACCUUGGCAGUAACGUGCCCCACCAGCCGUUAACGAAUACAUUGUCUGCACCACCAGCUGUAAAUGUAACCGGACCAUCUAAUGAUAUUUUAGGAAACAGCUCAGCCGGUCCUUCUUUACCCCUACACCACAGAAAUCGACGUAGUAACUCGCUCACCCCUCCCAAUUCAUCCAGUAACACCCCGUCCCCCCAGCCCUGCUCCGACUGGCCCUCCCAGGAGGAGCUUGAGACCAGAUCAAAUCGAUCUUUAUCUCUACCCAAUGAGCACGCUCCGUUGUCCCCGCAGAGUAGCACCGCGUCGUCGGGGAGUAGCACCGAGGCCCAUGGGGAGGAUGGAAUCUGGAAUUACCAUGGAUGUCAUCCUGGUCUUCAGAAGAGGAACAGUUUCUUGGAGGAGAACAGCGGAAUGAGAGAUGUACCAUCAUGGCUAAAGAGCUUAAGACUUCACAAGUACUCAGGACUUUUCCAGCAAAUGUCAUAUGAUGAGAUGAUGCUGCUAAAUGAGUACCAGUUGGAAUCCAUGAAUGUGACCAAAGGAGCGAGGCAUAAGAUUGUAUUGAGCAUUCAGAAGCUGAAGGAAAGGCAACAGAUGCUACUGAGUCUGGAAAAAGACAUUGCGAACGACAACAGCCCUGGUAACUUACGUAACGCCCUGAACGAGGUGAAGAGUAUGUUGAAUACCCCGAUUAAGGUAUACGAGGAGAUGGAUCCAUCCAAUGAGAAUUCAUCCACAUCUCAGCCUGGUGAAGAUGGUGACAAGGAUAUGAAGGAGGGUGACUUCCCUGGACAAGUAACAAGACUCAUGGGAAAGUUGUGUACACAGUUAUUGGUCGCAAAGAGACCGGACGAAGACAAUGUUAGCCUCUACCUACAGCUCCUCGACAAAUGUCUGAAUCAUGAAGCGUUCACCGGCGUUCAGAAGAAGAGAUUCCUCUCCUGGCGUCAGAGCUGCCAGAAGUUUUCUCGGAAUCCCUACCCUCGCAAAUUGUCUUUACAAGAGACCAAACAGCCCAGGACAUGGGGACAUUACGGAAGCAACUAUCCCGCUGAAUACAGUAUGUUUGCCAGUCAAGGUCCCAGUCCUACAAGAAGACUGACCAGACAGCCGUUUGUAUCAGCUCAGGGUCAACCUCAACCCCAGAGGAUCAAUCCCUGCUUGGCUGCAGCAGGAGGGGGACCCGCUCUGUUCCGGCCAACGCAGACCUCCAACAUGUAUAUGAAACCCAGACAGCUUGCUGGAAACCCCCACAUUGGAGUGCAGCGUACCAAAUCUGCGCCGAUCCGACGGUCAACUCAGCCCAUCCAGCCUUUUGUAUAUCAACCUCUUCCCCCACAAGAUGGUGCAAACCAACCCCUGGGAGACCCAGAGAUGACCAAUCGACUUGAGACGUUGUGUUUGAGUAUGACGGAGCACGCCCUCUCAGACGGUGUGGAAAACUCCAACGACAGCGGCAGAAACUGAUGAUAUUCGAACUCAUUCCACAUCAAGCGUCAAUCGUCUCCUGACUCCUCUCACUGACUAUGAGCCUUGAGAUGGAGUCCCGUCGUCGUUGUCCCCCCCCCCCCCCACCCACACACACACACCUUCUCUAAAAUCCUUUUAGAUGCACCCUUCAAAUGAAGACUCUCAUCUGAAAUUCUACAGGACCACAAUCUUAAGUGAAACCCAAGAAAUGAAGAAGCAUCAACUGUGACAACAUCUUGGAGCUGGUCCCAAUUCUACAGAAGCCGGUAAACACAAAAUGGUUUGCAGCUUAGCAGGUACUGGUUACCAGCUUGAAAAUUGUGUAGUUUAUAUUGUUGUGACUGGUGCCCCACUGUUAAGCAAUGGUUAUUUUUAGCUUAACAGCUGUGUGCAGUUUGGUCCAGAUUAGUCACUUUGGGUUUUUAUGACAAAAUUCCUGUCAGUCAAACGUGUUUAUUGAGACCGAUUGAUAUACUACUAACCUGUAUUUGUAAACAACUUGACAUAGCUUUUGUCUUCAUGUUCACUGUAAAUGAGCAAAGAGGCAAGCAGUUUCAAAAAGAUGUUUUGUUUAAAUUAUAUAUUAUUUUUCACUGUUUUCUUUCUUGAGUCUAUUCAAUACUUAAUUGAAAACGCAAAUAAGAAAAACAAUAAAAUGUGAGGACAGAAGAGAAUUGGCAGUGACACAACGCACAAAAGAUAAGCACAGUUGAACUGGAGCAGAUCCUUUUACUCUACUUGUAUUUUCUAUGUCAUAUUUUGGCAUAUUUUACAACGACGCAUAAAGCACAUCUUUGCAUUAAAGGACGCAAAUUUAUUUACUCCCUGUUCAAAGAGAAAUUAUGAUUCUAAUUUUCUUUCAAAAAUAGAUGAAAUUAAUUUUGAGGAAUUUAUGACCAAAGAGGAAUUCAGUCAUACAAAUUAUGAACCUGUGAAACUCUGGUGAGAACCCUUUGUUCUUAUUUUGUUUGUUUUGGUUUUGUUUUCUUUAUAAAAAAAAAGUCCAUGUUUCUUCAAGUAUUAUUUGAAACAUUUGUUAAAUCUGCCUUAGAAGAAGCAAGGCAGCUCAAAUUUUAAAAUGUCUUUUGUUUGAUUUUUCUUGUUAUGAGUUUUCUGAGUUCUAAACUUCAUGUUCAGAAGUUUUUUUUGUUUUUUUUGGUGUUUUGCGUGUUACUUUUAGAGGGGCAUUUUUAUUACAUGGACAAAAAGGUGUGCUCAUGGGCGUGUAUUCAUCUAUCUCAUUUGUUUGUGUUUUUUUUUUCCAAGAUUGAUUCUUGAGAAUUUUUUUCUGCUUUAUCUGAAAUUAUCAUUCUUUUUUUCCCUGUAUUGUAAACAAUGCCAUUGGAAAAUCUUCUGGAAAUGGGCUGAAUAUAUAUUUGUUCCCUAAUUGAGUUUACCUCAAUCAAGUUUCUGUUGAAUCCUGGACAUUUUCAGCUGGAAAUACCCUAUUUGAAAUUUCCAUAUUGUUGGAUUUUUAAAGUGAUCAAAUGUGGUGCUUAGAUUAAAAUUUGUCUUGUUUUCCACUCUCUCUAAAUUUAUUUUUUAUUUUUUAAGAAGUUUAACUUUGGUUUAAGCUUCUCCCCGUUGUUACUUUUGCUCUGUGUUUAUUGACAUGUAUGUAAACACUGUGCUGUAUAUUUGCAAAGAUAUAAACGCUCUGUUUUCAAACUCUGAACCAAGGAGCAAAUUCAGUGUAAAAAAAAUUAAGUAUAAGUAUAUGUGUAUAUAAAUAUGUCAGUUCGGAGCUUGAAGAUUUUUAAAAGUAGGGAAACUUUGUUUUUGACUUUUGAUAGUUAAGUUGGACUUCACAGACAGAAAAAAUUACAAAAAAGUUGUUGACAUAUUCUUUGAGAGUUACCUGUUUAGAUUGACUAAUUAGGAUGUUCAAGACCGUGAUCGCAAAGUAGGCACAUGUAGCAGUUUUCCGGUCCGAGAGUGGAUAUGACAAAUUGUGAAUCGGGCAGAUGAAACAGCUGAGCUGUUGACCCUGCUUUCAACUUGACAAGAGGAGCUGUGGAGACAAUGAGAACUCUGCCAGGGAGGUUUUUUUUUGCUACCCAAUUGUAAACAGAGAAUAGCAAUUUGUAGAUCAAAUUGCAACUCUGUAGAAACUACACACACGAAAAGAUCUAGUUCACUUGUUGUAUGCACUGCAUGUGUAUGUGGUGCUUGCGCGCCGUUAAAUUGUGGCUGUCCUAUUUUACGAUGUAUCUGUGAUACAGCCAUGUUUACAGGGCUUGCUGUGCUACUGCCAGCUGUCAUAAACAAUUUUACCAUUGCUGUGAUGGAAUGAAAGUUGUAAAGCUUGUUUUAAAUUGGUAGACAAGCUUAUAUUAGAUUCUAACCAUUUUUCGUGCCGGUUGCAAAAGGACAUCAACAUGACGCUAUUUUUGUCACUUGACACAAAGAAAAAACCUCAGUUGAAAGAAUCUCAUGUCUCCAUUUCCAAAGCAACUGCUGACCAGUCUUGGUCAUGUCGAGUGUAUCAUUCUAGCCAAUAGUUAGCCAGAAGGUGUUAUUAGUUGCCCAUGGGUUCCCCCGGUAAGGGACCAUUGAUACCCUCAUCGGGACAUUUGGUACCCUCAUUGGGAGAUGAGUUACUCUCAUCGGGAGAUGAGGAUUUCAUAACCCAGUUGGGAUAGUUUAGUUGAGUCAUCAGCAGGAGAUGUUGUUAGGGCCUAUUGGGUUUCCCAAUUGAGAACCAUUGGGGGCCUAGUGGGUUUCUCAAUUGAAAACCAUUGGGACCCGGUAUGUUUAGCAAUGGAGUUAGAAUUAAUUCUACCUCCAUGGUUUAGCUUCAUGGUUUCCCAGUUGGGUACCAUUGGGACCAGGUGGGUUUUCCAAUUGGGAACAAUUCUGGACCUGGUGGGUUUCCCAAUAUACCGAUCCAGUAGGCUCCGCCCACGACGCACGUGUGAGCAAGAGCAGGGGGCCAAAUUGGGUCCCAAUAGGGGUAACGGUACACCCCAGUUUUGGAUCAAUUGGAUGUCAAUGACCCUGUGAGCAAUUGUAAGCGUGUAUUUAGCUAGAUUCUAGCGUGACAUAACAUGGGUGUAGGGAACUUUAGUCAAUUAGUGUACAGACAAAACUUCUAAGAGGAGUUAAAAAAGAACAAAGCAAAAAAUGACAAACACACACCCUGGCGGUCGUGGAACACCUUGGUUUAUAUUUCAAGUUA